UUUUUUUUUUAUCUUUCUUUCUUUCUUAUGACACAAACUAAAAUACAAGUUUUUUAUUCUGACGAUGAACUCUUACAUAAUCCUACAAUGGAAUUAACAAGCGGUGAAUGGAAGCCUUAUGUUGAGUCUCCUGAAAGGCUGAAAUCAAUUAAAGCAUUUAUUGACAGUCAUCCUUCAGAUUUUGAGAUAGUGAGCCCCUUUGAUUAUUCAAUAAACCCCAUCUUGGAUAUCCACCGUCAUGAUUAUAUUCAAUUUUUAAAAACUAUUUAUAAGGAUUGGAUAGAGAUGGGUUUACCUAAGGAUGCUUGUAUGGGUGAUACAUUUGCAAAGUCAUCCUUUACAAGUCAUCUAGACGAUUCAAUCAUUCGAGAAAAUGCAAACAAGAGCUGUGAAGGUAAAAUGGGUUAUUAUCUUGGUGAUAUGUCGGUCUCUUUUGUUAAAGAUACUUGGAGUGCUGUUUAUGCUUCUGCUCAAAUUAUUCUGUCUGCUGCCCAUAGACUUGUAGAAACAAAUAAACCCGUGUAUGCAUUAUGUAGACCACCUGGACAUCAUGCUUCACAUUAUACAGCUGCUGGCUAUUGCUUUAUUAAUAAUGUCGCUGUUGCUACUCGAUUUUUACAAAAUUAUAGCCCGGAAGAUAUGAAGAAGAUGAAAAGACCUUAUCAUAAAGUGGCAGUAAAUCAUCCAGAUAUGAUCCUGACACGAAUGAAUAACGACAAGAAAAGAAUUUUAAUUAUAGAUAUCGAUUUUCAUCAUGGUAAUGGUACACAGAGUAUCUUUUAUCAUGACCCCUCUGUAUUCUAUAUCUCACUUCAUGGAUAUCCCAACUAUCCUUACUUUACUGGAUCAACUCAAGAGAUAGGUAAAGGCCCUGGAGAAGGUUAUAACAUCAAUGUUCCUCUUGAUCCAAACACAACUACAGAUGCUAUUUAUUUAUCUCAUUUAGAUAUCGUUUUAAAUGACACCAAAGUGAUUAAUUUUGAUGCCCAAAUCGUGAUUGUCUCCAUGGGUUUAGAUACAUGGCAUGAAGAUCCUAUUGCCGGCUUAAAGGGACUUCAAAAUAAGGAUACUUAUAAUAAAAUUGGCUCUAAAAUAAAGACUUCAAAAAGCACUAAAAAUCGAUCUGUUCUAUUUGUGCAAGAAGGAGGAUAUACGAUGAGUGUAUUGGGUGAAUUAGCUGGUAGAGUUUUGCAGGGAUAUCUUCAAGCAUAAAAUAG